CGAUAAUCAAUAUAGUUAUACCACUGGAGAAAGAGAUUAUAGUAACAAUUGCAAAGAAAGAGAUUAUAGUAACGAUUAUGUAGAAAGAGAUUAUAGUAACGAUUAUGUAGAAAGAGAUUAUAGUAAUGAUUAUAGAAAAAGAGAUAAUAGUAAUAGUUAUAGAGAAAAAAAUUAUGGUAACGAUCGUGAAGAAAGUGAGUAUAGUAAUAAUCACUGUGAAAGAGACUAUAGUAAUAAUUGUGGUGAAAGGGACUAUGGUAACAUUCGUAGUGAAAGAAACUAUGAUAAUGAUCAUGGAAAAAGAGAAAGAAAUUAUGAUAGUAUAGGAGAUAAUAGUUAUUCCUCAGAUGAUGAUAAUAACAAAUGCAACAUUUCUGCUUCAGAUAUGUUAAAGAAAUACAAACAGCAAAAUAUAGUUAAUACUGAGCAGAUGAAAAUACCUAAGAAAUUUGUUGUUAGAAGUAGUGAAGAAUAUUAUUUGAUUCCUUCGAAAUUUUUAGAAAAAAUAAAUGCUCAAAACAAAGUGGCAAAACUAAAUGCAAAACAAAUUCCAAGUAAAAAUGAUAUUAUGAAUAUUCAAGACGACUCUAUAGACAGAAGUAAUGAUGAUAAUGACAUUGAGGAACUUUCUGAGGAUGACAUUAAUGAAGACGCGAAAUUAUUUGAAUGA